GGUUCGGCCCGGUUCGGCUGGGUUGGGCGGGCGGGCGCCAUGGCCCGCAAGAAGCUGUACCGGCCCAUCGCCGCCAUGGCCAAGAAGGUGCGCGAGUACCGCGCGCUCAAGAACCGCCCGCGGGACUCGGAGCGCUUCGCGCUGGACUACGAGACGAUGCGGCGGCCGCUGACGCAGAAGCGGCUGCCGGUGCUGGCGUGGGAGGACGCGCGGCGCGAGAGCCGCCUGUUCGCGCUGCUCUGCCGCCUGCCGCUCUUCGGCGUGGGCCGCGUGCUCACGCGCAAGUCGUGGCUGAGCGAGCACGCCGAGCCCUGCUACUGGCGCGUGGCCAAGGUCAAGGUGGACUACACGGCGCAGAACAUGGACCACGGCAGGGCCUGGGGAUACCUGACCUUCAGAGGCAAAACCGAGGAUGAGCUGAGAGAGAUCGACAAAGUCAUGUACCACGACUGGCGAUUGGUGCCCAAGCACGAGGAGGAGGCCUUCAAGAAAUUCACCCCAGUGCCCCAAGAGACCAUUCGGUACCUUCCAUACCCGCCUCUGCUCCGAGCCAUGAUCCUUGCUCAGUGGCAGAAGGAAGGAAAACCCAUCACGGAAGAGCCAAUGCUUGAUCUGGAGAAGGGCACAGCUYGCCCUGAGGGCGCCAAGCAGAAAGCUGAAGGGACACCAGUGUAAAGAGCUGUGUGACCCCAGCUCCCCGCGUGCUCUUGCUGGGGGUCAGAAGCACAUCAGUUUCCUCCAGGAGGUACAUCUGCCCGUGUGGUAUGGGGCACCCAGCUUUUCUCAACUCACUUUCUCUCACUUUUC